CGCAGACGCUUCACGCUUGGAAUAAAGUAGAACAACUUCAGUUGGAGCGGUUCCUGAAAGCAUCUCAUUGGUUGUUUCUACUGAUAGUGAGGGACACCUGACUGAAAACUCUACAUAGACAUUAUAAAUGGUCCAUACACUCCCAUAGAGAUAGCACGUAGGCACAUCGGACGGACAGAGAGGGCUGAAUAAAAGCACGAUAUAAAGGUAAUUAUUUUAGAAUUCAUGAUUUUCUUAUAAAGCCUUCUAUUUCAUCAAGUUUUUGUUUUUUUGUUAUUCAUUCCACAGGAACUGUAUGUACACUUACGUUUACUCAACAAGUGCGCAACAUUCAGAUAUAACUAUCAAUAGAUAUAGGCUACCUGUAAUACUUGGAUAAUAUUUGUUUCUUUACAAUAAAAUGCCUUUUGGUUUGCAGAAUUGACAAUAAAACAUUAUCAAAAUACAAAGUAUCUCAUCCAUGCGCCCCCUUGUUGUAAAUGUUGCAACUCCUUAGCACCCAAAGCACUACGUGACAGUCGGUGCGCCCACAUCCACACUCGAGUUAGCAGUUUUCUUUAGUUUGCCCGUUUGAUAUUUUGCAGAACACCUGCUCAAUAUGAGGCACAGUAGCCUAGACGCUAUUUCCAAAUCAACUUCUGCAGCCGUUUACUGCCUAUGGUGUAUUGAUUGACUCAACAGACCCAAAUACUGUAUGUAUUUUAUGCAACUGUUAAAGUAUAAUGUCCUACCAUUAACCGCAACUGCUUUGUGUAAAGUGUCCUUACCAUAGCUUUGUACCUGCCAGAUGUUGACCUCUCGAGCACUCGUGCGCGGGCUGAAGAGCGGGUUUUGGAGACCACUUUCAUCUACCAGCGGCGUGCAGGCUGCUCAUGGAAAAGGUAAGCUCUUCCUAUAAGUCUCAUGUCCCACAGUGCAGGCUACAUUAGAGAGUGGUGAUCUCCCGAGGUCUGAUUUGAUAGGUUACCCCUGAGUAAAUGCAUUUGUAAAUACGCGCGCUGUUACUUUUACAUGCGCUUGCCAACAACGAUACACAAUGCACACUGGCUACAUUUAAAAAAGUGUUGUUUGGUUUUCAUGAUAUAUGCAGGGUGGGAAUUGGUAACUAAAAGGGUGUCUGGGCAAAUUGGGUGUCUGGCCAUACAUAACUGGUAUAGUAUAAUGAUUAAGCUGUCAAGUGCCCCUUGCUUUGGAGCCACUCAGACAGUUAAGGCAGAAACUAUGGGUAUCAUAUUCCACAUGGUCUGGGCUUUGCGCCAACCAUGUCAAAAGGUCUUGGGAGUGCUGUAUGGCGCUGGAGCCAGGCUGUUGGAGACAGUGGAGGCUGCUGAGGGGAUAAUAAUUGCUGGAAUGGAGCGAAUGGAAUGGCAUCAAACACAUGGAAAAAAUGUGUUUGCUGUAUUGCUACCAUUCCACCAAUGCCACUCCAGCCAUUACCACGAGCCCGUCCUCCCUAAUUAAGGUGCCACCAACAACCUGUGGUUGGAUAUCAGUCAAGAGUGCAAACGGUGCUGAUGCAGACUUCACACUAUUCGCCAGUAGAGGGAGUGAUAACAUCAUUUGACUGUCCUGCGUGAGUUAAUGUAGGCUAAAUAUGAUUGGAUCUUUGAAAUACGUUAUAUCACGAACAUUACAAAUAAAGACAAUUUCCAAUCAGUUUACCAAACACCAUUGAUGUCACUGUCUGUCUCUGUUUUUUGUGUCCGAAUAUAUAGAUAUGAGCUUUGAUGUGCUUGACUGCUCAGUGCCACAGUACAACAACCGCCUGGACACGCCUCUCUCUGACGUUCCAUUCGUUAGGAACCUCAACUCGGAGCAGAAGCAGCUCAAGGAGAAGGAGAAUGGACCCUGGACCAAGCUCACCAAGGAGGAGAUAAUUGCAUGUAAAUCCUAGUGAUACAAUCACAACUGGAUCAUGUUCAUCACGGCACACAACAGAAAAUGUUUUAAAUUGUUUUGUAACGGAAAAUGACAAUUGCAGUUUCUUGUUGGGCAAGUCCAGGUAGUUACCCCCUGUUUCAGUUAGUUUGCUUCCGUUUGGUGGCCAAUGAAAAUGACCUAGGUAGGUCAACAAAUAUCCUUUCAUAUGAAAAUGAAGACGAAGGAAUGUAACUAUUUCUAAGUGUUUGACAGUGUCAUAUAGAAAUUACAAUCACAUUUCCUCACGCAAUACAAUGAGGGACUUUGGCCCCAGGUGUUUGGUACAUGAUAAGAAAGCUCUCCCUUUAUGUUAGAAAGGGGUGUAAACAGUUCUUUAGGAACUCUCACUUGGUAAUAGUAUGGUUUUAGUUCAGAGACACAUCCACAGUAUGGCGUACUGGGCUGCCCUGCAUUUAUAGCAGGUGGAUGGGUGGGAAUACUGUUUUGAAAAACAUGUUCUGGAAGUGCUCCAAAGGUACAAUAGAUUCAGCUCUUAAUAGGUUCAUCUCUCAAUAUAUUCAGCUGUCAAUAGAUUCAUCUCUCAAUAGAUUCAGCUGUCAAUAGAUUCAGUUCUCAAUAGAUUCAGCUCUCAAUAGAUUCAGCUCUCAAUAGAUUCAGCUGUCAGUAGAUUCAGCUGUCAAUAGAUUAGCUCUCAAUAGAUUCAUCUCAAUAGAUUCAGCUCUCAAUAGAUUCAGCUGUCAAUUGAUACAGCUCCCAAUUCAGAGUGUUUAACGUUGGAAUCUUCUAAUGCAGUAUAAAUGUGGUGCCAUUUUCCUAUCUUAUUUUAUGACUACAUUAGUUUAAUUAGAUUUUUAUUUUUUAUUUUUUUUCAUAGGAUUACUUAGGAAAUUAGGUGUAAAUGUAUAAUACUGACCACUAACGUUCACAAAUAGGUGAAAGAUCACUGUUACUGUUGAAUCUGCAUUAACAUUACCUGAAUAUUGCCAAAAUUGUAGAUCAAACACAAGGUGGCAAUAUAAACUCACUUUAUGCAAGAGUUAUUUCUCAUGUUGCAUUCAUUGUUAUGAACAGAUUCUAGGCUCUCCAUAUGAGAAAUGACAACUCAAAGAGAUAUUAUUUACCAGUUUGAUAUAAGCUACAAUAAUAUUGCAUAUAAUAUUGUAAUCAAAAUAAAUAUUGUCUACUCAUAAUGAAGGCUGUGAUAAGCUAGUUUACUCCUGAAUUUGGAUCACAAUUAAAUAUUAAAUAUGAUUUGGAUCAAGCAAUUAUGCAAAGAAAUACUUUGAAUUACAUAAUGUAUCAAACCCUUUUCAUUUUCAAUCAGAUCGUUACAAAAAAUGAUUUCAAUGAAUGCCAUCCUGAUUACUCGCAAUCUUCUUGAUUAACUUUCUUUCUUUCUUCUUUCUUUACUUUCUUUCUUUCUUCUUUCUUUCUUUCUUUCUGUUCUUUCUUUCUUUCUUUCUUUCUUUCUUUCUUUUCUUUCUUUCUUUCUUUCUUUCUUUCUCUCUCUCUCUCUUCGCUCUCUCUCUCUCUCUCUCUCUCUCUCUCUCUCUCUCCUCCUCUCUCUCUCUCUCUCUCCGUCUCCCUCCCUCCCUCCCCCUGUUGUCUGAUAGUGUACCGUCUGACCUAUGAGCUGACCUACCCAGAGAUGAGGAGAGGCUCCAGUGAAUGGAAGACGGUACUGGGAGGGGUCUUCAUCUUCCUGGGCUUCUCUGGCAUGCUGGUCUGGUGGCAGAGGAUCUUUGGUGGGUCUCCCUGUCACUUUGUCAUUAUUUCGGUUGUUGUUAUAUAGUGGGUAAGAAGUGGGUCAGGAGAGCUGAACCUAGGUCAGUUAAAAGCUCAAUGCAGCCGUUUUUUAUAUCAAUAUCAAAUCAUUUCUCAAUAUCAAAUCAUUUCUUGGUUACAAUUAAGUACCUUACUGUAAUAGAUUUCCAUUAAAAUUGUUAAAAGUAGCUUUUUAGCAAAAAACUAUUUCUCAAGCAAGAAUUUAGCUAGGACUGUCUGGGAGUGGUAUACGUGCGGAGAGGAAACCUGUUAUUGGCAGAGAGGUUUGUAACUCUAUUUGUUAUUGGUCUAUUAACAAAUUUACCCAUGGAAAGCCGACACUCCCGCCCAUGCAAACCUGCUGAUUAGAAGGUCCUGUGUAGAUUGUAUUUCCAACCGUCAACUAUCAGGAAAUAACACUGAUUUUUUUAAGAAAUCACACUUUUACAGUACUAGUUUAUUAGCUGUUGUACAAUAUGAUAUAAAACACAGGAAGAAUAGAAUUGUGACUGCACUGGGCCUUUAAAGGUAGACUCACUUGAGUGUCCCUCUAAUACACGCUAAAUGCUGUAUUGUUGUAUUUCUAGGCCAGUCUUAUUUUAUGAAUGUAUUAUAAAUCGUCUUUCUGCUUUCAUUGUGAUUACAUAACAUGUGAUAAACAUGAAUAAUAAUAACUGAUAUCAGAUUAUGCCAACUGACUUUACACAGGCGAUUUUGGGUAAAUGGUCAGCUAGCUAAAGAGUAAGACCUGGUUAGAUUGCAUACGGCUGAGUUCUGUAAUUGUAUACAUUCGCUCUCAUGACUUCUUGUGACAUAUCACACUAGUACUGUAGAAAGGGAACGGGUUGAUGUUAAGUGUUACUAGACAUUACUUCACUAGACAGUGUGGUGUUGGGUUGUACUAAUUCUUACUCCAGGCCCUUAUAGAGCACAGUUUCGGUACAAGUGAUUCUGAUUUAAUUAUCAUAACAUUAGCAUUGUAUCACAAUAUAAUGUAUUUUUUAAAAAUUAUAGACCAAUUGGCCAUGUGCUGAAGAUUAAAAAACAAAAACAAAAAAAAACUACAUAUUUUGGCUUGGCUGAAAUCCAAAAUGUUUGACUUUAUAUCAGGGAUGAUUAAAUAAGUGUAUAUUCAGUCAACCAGAAUUGUUUUGGUCAACUCUGGUAUUCCAUUAGCCUACUCACUGGAUUUAUAUCACAGGGGUAUGCUGAGGGGAGUACGGGCUCAUAAUAAUGGCUGGAAUGGAGUGAAUGGAAUGGUAUCAAACACAUGGUAACCAUAUGUUUCAUGUGUUCGAUUUCAUUUCAUUUAUUCAGUUCCAGCCAUUACUAUGAGCCCGUCCUCCCCAACUAAGAUGCCACCGGCCGCCUGUGAUUUACAUCCUAUAUAAAAUGGAUACAGUACAAUGUUAGAUUCAAAAUCCAUUACGUUAAAAUCAGGCUUAAAAACAUUUUUUGCUUGCUCCUUUCUCAGAAAAAAACCCCUACCCCCCACUUGUUGACCCCUCCAUCAGUCAGGUGCGGAUCUCGUUCCGCGGCUGUGAGUUACGUUAGACUUGGUAGAACAGUUUUUACUGCAGCCCCCACCCCUUAAACAAGUUAUUAUCUCCACAAGCGGAAUAAUUUGGAUCAGCUGUGUUACUGGGUGGUUAAAGAAAAGAAAGGGAGAGAGAGGGGGGAGAGAGGAGAGAGGGGGAGGGGGGAAAAAGAGAGGAGGAGAGGAGGGGAGAGAGGGGAAAAGAAGGAGAAAAGGGGGGAGGGGGGGAAAAAGAGAGAGAAAAAAGAGAGAAAAGAGAGAGGAAAAGAGAGGAGGAGGAAAAGGGGAGGGGGGGAAAAAAAAAGAGGAAGAAGGGGAGAGGGGGGAGGAACCCCUGAAAAGAAAAGAGGGAGAGAGGAGAAGGGGGGGAGGGGGAAAAGGAAAAAAGAGGGAAAAAGGAGGGAGGAAGAAAAGAAAAGGAGAAAAAGGAGGAAAGGAAAGAGGGAAAAAAAAGAGAAGAGGAGGAAAAGAGAGAGGAAAAAAAAAGGAAAGAGAGGGAAAAAGGGGGGAAAAAGGAGGGGAGGGAAGAGAAAGGGGGGAGGAAAAACCAAAAGGGGGAAAAGGGGGGGGAAAGGAGAAAGAAAAAAGGGAGAGGAAAAGAGGGAAAAGUUGGGGUGGGGGGCAAAGAGGGGAAGGGGGGUUUUAAAAGAGAAAAGAAGAGGGAGAAGGGGAGAAAAAAAGGGGGGAAAUUAGAAGAAGGGGAAAGGGGGAAAAUGGGGAAAAAGGGGGGGGAAAGGGGGGGGGAAAAAAAAGGGGGAAAAAAGGGCCCCCCGGGGGGAAGAGAAGGAAAAGAAAAGGGGACCCCAAAAACCCCCCCCCCCCGGGAAAGGAAAGGUUGGGGAGAAAAAGGGCCCCCGACAGAAAAGGGAAGUUUUUAAAAGUUUGGAAGGAGAGUUUGGGGAGGGGAAAAAAAGGGGGAAAAAUUUGGGGUUAACCCCUUUGGUGAGGGCCCCUAGAAAUGAAAAAAAUUGUUUUAGGAGAAAAAAAAAAAACAAUCCCCCCUUGGGGUGUAAGUGGAAAUUUGGUUUUUGAAACCUUGGGUAAAGGGGUUUUGAGAAGACCCAAAAAAAUGCGAAAAACAAAAAAAACAAAAAAAAGAAACCAAGGAGGGGUGAAAAUUUUUUUAGGGGGGAAGGUGGAUUUGAGAAAACCAAUUUACAAGUGGAAAGGAAAGAAGGUUUAAAAAAACCCCUUUUUUUACUUCCAUAGGGAAAAAUAAAAAAAAAAGGGGGGGGGGUUUUCCCCCAUAAAAAAAAAAGGGGCAAAAAAGGGAUUUGGCCAUUGUUUUUUUGGGGGGGGCCCCCAAUUUUUUUCCUACUGGAAAGGAAAAUAGGGGGUCCCCCAAAUUGAUACACAGAUAGAGAGAGACAGAAAGAGGGAGACCCAGACAGACAGAUGGGAAGCCAAUUCAGUUAAGAAUGGGGUAUUUCCCAUAGUUUGGAGCUCAAGUUGGGACUUGUAAAUCAGGGUGUGUGCAACGCUGAGGGGGCUCCCUCCACCUAAUUAGGGGGAAAAAUAGUUGCUUCCUGGAUAGACUUUACCAUGUGCCAUGCUUCUAAGAGAACGGAUAAAGAUAAAGGGUGAUUUUCCCAAUCCCUCCCUCCCUUCCCCUCAGGAUACAGGUUCACUCCCAGCCCGUCUCCGGCGCAUUCCGACAUACAAGUGGCUUUCACCGUUCCCACAGAAUUCCCAUUUCGGGAAUGCUCCCUUAAAGAAUGUUUGGUAUUCCUUGUAGUUGAUGAUUUUGGGGGAUCUUGUACAAUCAGCCUUUUUACAUUUGUUUAUGUCAUUAUUUAAUGUAUGAAGUUAACUGUCUUGUGGCUGAGUGAGUGUCCAUGAGUUAGUAACUGAAUGGAAUGAACAUUUGUUUGAGGUAGAAAUAUAGAAAUAACAAUCCCCUUUAAGGCGAACGUGAUCAUUGAGUUGGUCAAAUCGUCAUGGUUCAUGGUUGAACCACCUUGCACCUUCUGUAAAGGGAUUUAAGCAGAAUGACCUCAUAGCUUCAUACAUGCUGACUCAAAACAUAAGUGCUUAUAAUAUCAAACCUAAAAGAAUACUCUUUACUUCAGCUCGAGUGUGGCUGAGUUCACUUCUGCUUAUGCACGGACUGGUGUACAUGGCCUGAGACUCAAGACGAACUACCUCAUUAUGACUAUAUGUGGAAAGUGAUAAGAAUGGUUUCUCACGAAACUCAGGCCCUAAUGCUUUUUGGUCUCAUGCAAUUUCUCAUCCAAUGCACUGAGGAAGAUAACACAAAACACCUGACUGUGGACCGGUUUUCCCGGAUACAGUUUAAUAAAACUAGUCCUGGGCUAAAAAGUGGAGAUCCUCCAUUGAUGCCAGUUGUUUUGCCCUGGACAUGGCCCAAACUGUUUGCCUCACUGAGACAAUGUUAUUACAAGAGUGUCCUGGAAGAUUCUUGAAACAAUACAUUUUGCGUCCUUGUCUGAUCCACAAAAACAUCUUGCAACACAGUUUUGUCAUUGUGUGGAGACAGUCACGUCUUAUCUCUUGAGACUGACAUUGUCUAAUGCAACAGUCAUGUCUUUCUCUCUCUCUCUCUCUCUCUCUCUCUCUUUCUCUCUCUCUCUCUCUCUCUCUCUCUCUAUAUAUAUAUAUAUAUAUAUAUAUAUCUCUCUAUCUCUCUCUCUCAGUGUUUGGCGAGGUUCCUCACACUCUGUCUGAUGAAUGGGUGGAGAAGCAGACCCAGAGAAUGAUUGACAUGAGGAUAAACCCCGUCGGUGGGUUCGCCUAUCACUGGGACUACGUGAAGAAGCAGUGGAAAUAGGAACUUGUGUGUAUGUGUGGCAUUUUUGUCGCGUUAAAGGGAUAGUUCACUCUAAAUACAAAUUCACAUGAUUUUGCCAGUUACCUUGGCUGUAGUGAAUGGUAAGUGGGAAAACAUGAUCAUUUGUAUUUCGAGUGAACUACCCCUUUGAGUGCCUUAGUAACAUUGUUCUCACUUUCAGGGCUGA